UACCACUUCCACGUCAUGACCUGCGAGGGCUGCAAAGGGUUUUUCCGGAGGACGGUGCUGAAGGGCAUCCAGUUCACUUGCCCUUUUACUCAGAGCUGCCCGGUCACCAAAGCCAAGCGGCGACAGUGCCAGGCCUGCCGGUACAAGAAAUGCCUGGCGGUGGGGAUGAGGAAGGACAGCAUCUCACCCGGCUUCUCUCUGCAGCCGCCGGUCCGUCUCCACGUCCACAAUCCGGACGCUCAGGGUUCUCCGGAAAGCGCUUUCUCUUCGCUGUAUCUUCUGCCCUCCCACGAGGACAACUCGGAGGAGGUCCUUCCAGAUGUCUUCUCCCUCCUGCCCUUGUUUGCCGACCUCAGCACCUUCAUGAUCCAGCAGGUCAUCCAGUUCGCCAAGGCCAUCCCGGCUUUCAGAAAUCUGCCCAUGGAUGACCAGAUCUCCCUUCUGAAAGGAGCCACGCUGGAGAUCUGCCAGAUCCAGUUCAACAUGGUCUUCAACGAGGAAACGAACGCUUGGAAAUGUGGUCCACAUUGCUACACCAUCCAAGAUGGCGCCCUGGCUGGACUUCAGCAGGUUUAUUUAGACACGCUGCUUAAAUUCCAUACCAAUUUGCGGAAACUGAGGCUGCAUGAAGCUGAGUACGUCUUGCUGCAAGCCCUGGUGUUGUUCUACCCAGAUCACAUAGAGGUGACCCAACGGGAGGAGAUCGACCGGACCCAGGAGAAGAUCGCCCUGACCUUAAAGAAAUACAUCGACCGCUGGCACCCCUGGCCCGAAGGCAGGUUUCUCUACGCGAAACUCCUGCUGCUGCUGACCGAACUCCGGUCGCUGAAAGUGGAAAACACCCGUCAAAUCCAUCAUAUCGAUGACAGACAGAAUCUCUCCUCCAUGACGCCUCUGCUCUCCGAAAUUAUCAAUCACAUAGAGGUGACCCAACGGGAGGAGAUCGACCGGACCCAGGAGAAGAUCGCCCUGACCUUAAAGAAAUACAUCGACCGCUGGCACCCCUGGCCCGAAGGCAGGUUUCUCUACGCGAAACUCCUGCUCCUGCUGACCGAACUCCGGUCGCUGAAAGUGGAAAACACCCGUCAAAUCCAUCAUAUCGAUGACAGACAGAAUCUCUCCUCCAUGACGCCUCUGCUCUCUGAAAUUAUCAGCUAA